AUGACUUGGCUCCAGCAUUUGGGUAAACUUAUUGGCACUGACCCAUACACAUUGGUCCAUAUUGUGGAGCCGCUGGUGCAUAACUGCCCUUUCCUUGCCAUUCUCGGUGAAAUGUACGACAGACGACUUCUAUUCAUGCUGACUACUGGCUCCAGAGUUGUUACUCCGGGUAUCAAGAAUCCCGCUACUGAUCAGCUGCUACUGGACGGACUCUUGACAGGCGCAAUGCCAGAUGAUCACGCUCGCAAACUCAAGAUAGCGGUAAAAGAAAUAAUUCCAAUGUAUGAAGGUCUGGCUAGACGCGGUCCCCUGAGCGAACCUUCACCGGACUUUCCAGAAACGGACCCGGGCUCCGGGAUCAAGGUUCUUUGGGUAUUGUCCGGGGUCCUUGCCACGCACCUCCACAGUACCUCGUUCCUGCGCCGAGGAUCGUCAGGAGGAAAUCCGAGGACAGCAUUCGAUCCCCGGUUACGUGGAAAGUUCACCGGCGGCUACCAGGUCACCUUCACUAAAAGUCUUGGCAAAACACCAACUCUACGACGAUCGAAUAGCAAAGAUGCACUAAAUGUUCCGGCACGGAUGGAAACAUUGUUUGAUACCACCGAAGCGAAGCACUCGGAGAAGAGACCUCUCACCGAUGAUGUUCAUCAGACUUCUCUGUUCGUCCAUCCCGCUUACGUUGAAAUGGAGGUGUCGAAUCUCGCAAGACCUCGUACCUCGAAACCGACUGGGGAUGCCCCACAACAUGUGGAGCAGAAGGCCGCAAAGGUCGAAGAACUUCAAGCCAUGUAUAUUGCGUUCGAAAGUUCGCAUAGCUCGCGAAAUGAAACGAGGAGCAUCCGAACGAUGGUCGUCCCGAUAAACCCGGCCGGAGAUCCGGGUGGGGAGAAUAAUUGCUGGCACAGCGUGACGCUCGUGAUGCCGUCGGAGAAUUCAAUUGGAAUGAGUGAUGAGAAAAUGAAUUAA